AUGGCGAGAAUCAUUUUACCGGGAGUUUUCAGGGCUCAGACAGCCUCACAAGCCGCUUUACAGAAGCAUGGUACGUGUGGAAAUGUAGCUGUAUUCUUCUCGACUUCCGCUCGGCGGAGGUCCUAUGCCGACACAAUCCAGAAUCUCAAGAUAGGCAGGCAUACUCGUGUACUUUACCAAGGACUUACUGGACGCCAAGCUACCAUGAACGCCAAAGAGUCCCUGGAGUACGGCACCAACAUUGUUGGAGGAGUCAAACCUGGAGUGGAAGGUGAGCAUCUGGGGUUGCCUGUCUUACCCACAGUCAGAGCCGCCGUGCAGCAGCUCAAGCCAGACGCCAGUGCCAUUUACGUUCCGGGCAAUGACACCGUUACUGCAAUGGAAGAGGCAAUUGAAAACGAGAUCCCACUCAUUGUCGCCGUCGCAGAACAUAUUCCCAUUCACGACCUUUUAAGAAUCCAUGAGAUGCUACGAACCCAGUCGAAAACAAGAUUGGUGGGCGCCAAUUGUCCUGGCAUUAUUAACACUCACGGCCGUUGUCGAUUGGGAUUUCAGCCUCUACCCUUCUUCACAGAAGGCAAAAUCGGAAUUGUCGCCAAAUCGGGGACAUUGAGCUACGAGGCUGUAGCGUCCACAACCCGUGCUGGGCUCGGUCAAACCUAUGCUAUCAGUAUAGGGGGUGAUGUCCUUGCUGGUACCAAUUUUGUCGAAGCCUUCCAGGUCCUGGUCGAAGACGAAAACACUGAAGGCAUCAUCAUGAUUGGCGAGAUUGGCGGCAGCGCCGAAUUGAGAGCGGCUGACUGGAUCAAAGACUACAAUCGGCGAACAACAAGCCCCAAGCCGUUCAUGUCGGUCAUUGGCGGUGUCGAAGCUCCUCCUGGCCGCGUCAUGGGCCACGCCGGAGCGUGGGCUGCGCCGGGAGAGGCUAAUGCCGCACAAAAGAUCAAGGUUUUGGAAGAUGCUGGAGUCACUGUGGUUGACCAUCCCGAAAAACUGGGAGAGGGCAUGAAGAUUUUACUAGGCGAGGGAUCCCGGGCGGGGGGCCGGCAUGUUUCCGGUCCUGACGUCUCACAGAAGAGAGGAUACCAUACAAUGCGACAACGGCCUCGGGCCCAUGUUGCAAAGAGAACGACUUUCGAGCAGCGCCGGACCCUCUACAUCAAGCAAUCGCAGGCAUUCGAUAUGCUCAAGGAGCGGAGUAUUCCCACCGUGGACAUCCCGACGAUAGAGGAGGAAAAGUUCGUUGCUAUUUCCAUUGAUCGAGAAGCGCGACAACCUUGUAUCAUUGCAUCACCUACUACGGACCCUUCCCGAGCGUUUCAAUACUCGAGGAAAUUUCCCUUUGCCUAUGGAACAGAUGAUGCGACGUCCAAUGAGAUGCUGGAGAAGGUACGGACACAUUUGGGCAUUUCUGGAAAGGGUCAACACGGGCUGGGUAAACUUAUUGCCGAGCUAGUAGACAUCUUCAUGUCCAAAGAGGCAUUUGUGCUUCAGACGAAAAUCGCCAUUGACCGCAACGGAGGUCUACAAGUACAAGGAGCCAAAUUUGGAUUCGAUGAUGCCGCUUUCCGAAGUUCCGGUCGACAAGCCGAUGUUCAUGCGUUGAGAGACCUUCACAACGAGGUCCGCGAAGACGUCGAGGCCGAGAAGGAGGGCAUGACAUAUGUGAAGCUGACCGGCAAAGGCACCCUCGGAACAAUCGUAAAUGGAGCUGGGCUGGCGAUGAAUACGGUGGACGCCUUGGUUGCUCGCGGCGGUCAUCCAGCAAACUUCAUGGACACGGGAGGCAAAGCAACAUCUGAGACGAUCAAAGCUGGUUUCAGAAUUGUGGCAUCUGAUCCUCGAGUCAAGUGCAUCUUUGUUAAUAUCUUUGGUGGACUGACUCUGGGAGAUAUGAUCGCCAACGGCAUUUUACUAGCCUUCAAAGACUUGGACCUCAAAGUUCCUGCGGUGGUUAGGAUUAGGGGUACACGUGAGGCCGAGGGUCAGAAGCUGAUCCAAGAGAGCGGCCUCAAACUUGAUGCUUUUGAUUCUUUUGAAGAGGCGGCCGCCCGAGCCAUUGCUUUAGCCAACGGUACCGCAAAGAGGAAGUAG